GCAAAUUCGUAUCUUCAUUUCAAUUUGCAUCAUAUUACGAGACAUCAAAGAGAAUCUACAUCAGUCGGUUAGUACAAGAAAAACUUUUUCUAAAUGUAGCUUACUUUUAGUGUUAAUAGGCUUCUAUCUUCCAUUGUUUUACCCAAUAAGCUGAGGGCGUUCCAAGUAUAUUAUCAAUUUCUAUCCUGUGCUAUAAUAGACAAAUCCGAUACACUACAAAAAUGAUAAAAAUAGAAAGUAAAGACUUUUAAAAGCUUUUCUUCACGGGCGAAAGGUGCAGUUUCUUUUCCCUAACAGCAUGAGACAACUUAAAGUAAACUACAAAGAUAAAAUCAUUAUUAUCUUUACAACCCAGUAUACUAAGUGUCAAUAUUAUAAAAAUUGGGAGGUUAUUCUGUUGUAACAUGUAAAGUCGAUUCUGGCAGGAGACUUGUUGAAGGAGCUUCACCACGAAAGUGAUUAUCAUAAAAGUGUUGUUGGCUUAAAUUGAUAGGUUCAUUAGAAAAUUCAGUCAACUAGGAGAAUUUUAUAAAGCAUUCGAAAUAUAAUAGACAAUCGGCAUGCACAUCAGUCCCAGAAUCGACAAAUAAAUCAAUUGUCACGUCCAAUUAAAUGAUUCGAUACUCCGGCGUACGACACUCUUUUCUUUUAUUUUUGGGAUUUUGCAGCAAGAAAAAUAUUGAUUUUUUCAAAAAGGUUUAAAGUCGUACUAUCUUGAGGACCACAUCAAUUACCAGUGAUAAUUAUUUUUUCCUUGAAUAAUAUUAAGCCCUCAAUCGCGCUCUUAUUCUCCCCGAUUCAAAACUUGUUUAAGUAUAUUCUUUUACUUUUCAAUAAUUAGGUUCUCGUUGUUUUGCUCUACUUUGCGUGUCUGACUUGAUCAAACUUUUCCAAUUGACGUGAUGCCACCAAUAAAAAAAAAAGUAAAGUUUUUUCUUGAAACGUUCGUGAAUCGUUUUGACUAAAACGUUUAUCGCUCUGAAUGACGUUUUCAGCCAUGGGUCCUUUUCAAUUCAAAAGGUGUUUAAGUAUUCUCUUAGAUUCCAAUACUCCUGGUACCAUUGCCUCUGUAUUUUUUUCUUUGUUUAAACGUUACAUUUUGAAAUUGGUGUUACCCAGAUUAACAAACAAACACAGUUGAGAGAAAGUUGGACCUCGACGAUUUUUCAAGAGUCUUUUUGGAUCUUUAUUGGAUUAUUUAGAUACGUAAACUAAAACGGUUUGCAUAAGGAUUUUAAUCAUUUAAACCCCAUCUAAAUUGUUAUCACUUUGAGGACUGUAACGGUUGAUCGCAUAUGUUAUGGACUGCCUAAAACAGAGAGGUCAUCUAUUAAAAUUACUCCCUAGGACGAUGGCCAAGAGGAAUUUCAACUUUUUCCAAUAAACCGUAGAAACGGAGUUCUGGAAAGUUUUAAAACAUAACUUUGAAGGACUUUUUUAAACUACCAUAUUAGUAGCCGCUCACCAUCGAGCCACGUAAUUUUGUUGAGUUAAUUUAAACUUGUCUUUGUAUCGCAGAUUUUGUGCCUUCGCCCAAGCAUAAAGACGCUUUUCAGCUGGAAAUCAUGUUUGUCUCCCUAACACUGUUGCUUUGGUUGACCCUCCCAUUUUCUGAAGCGAGAAUAGCUACCAAAGGUGAAUCAAACGAGCUCAAAGAAGUGAAAAAAUUUACCAAAGGUGAAUUAGAGGAGCUUGCAAAAAUAAUAUUCCUACCGAGCGUAAACUUAUUGGACGACUUUCCAGAAAAAGAGAAUAGGAUUUUUGAUCCACUUUCACCAGAAUGCUUUACAAAGAAGACCUUAACGUCGUCAAGCAGCAAGUUCGAUUAUUAUAAAAAUACCAACGCAUUGUAUAAGUCACUGGCCACCGAGUCAAGCUUGAGCGCAUCCUUAACCUCUACGUUUACUUUGGGUGCCACUGUAUCAGUGGCAACAAAGAGCAAAAGCUCAGAGAAAAGCGAAGUGAGUGGCAUAUCUUUGAUCAAGCAGGCGUUGGCAGAAAAGAUUUACGUUAAUAAAGAAUGCCUCACAAGUGCCAAAAUGUCCACCCUGAAUAAAGAAUUUAUGGAAUCCUUUAGUGCAUUGCCACUGCAAAUUAAAGAACCCUGGCUCCACAAUUCUUGGAAAGCAUACAGCGCUUUCCUGGAGAAAUACGGCUCUCAUGUCAUAACGUCUAAAGAGACCGGAUCAAGGUUCCAGCAAAUGGUGUUCGCAGAGAGCUCUGAAUCGUAUAGCGAAAGAGAUUUCCAGGUGAGAGCCUGUAUCUCGGCCGCAGGUCCCACAGAUGUUGGGGAGCUUGGUCUUUCGGCUUGUUCUAAUGUGACAAACAGUGAAAUAUCCCAGGCAAGCAAGAUGACUGUUAGCGAGACAAGAUUUGUCAGGGGAGGGCUAAGGGAUACAAAUAGCGCUUUGAAUAAUGGAAAGACGUCGACUGAACUGAUAAACAAACUUAUGAAUGAAGCUGAUGAGGCACCUAAGCCUGUCCAGCAUACUUUGAUGACGAUCUGGAGCAUAUUACAAAGCCGCUUUGAAUCAGGAUCUAAGAAUUACCACCGAGCAACAAACCUCCAGUACUACUACAGUGGAUACUUGGAUUAUGGCUGUCCCUACAGUAAAAGUGGUAAUGUUGAAAUUCAAAAGUUCGACUACAAACAGCCAAUGAAAGAAAAUCCAGAAUUCGUAUGUACUCUCGCUGACGAUGGUUGCCAUAACGAUAACGAUUGUCAUUACGUAAUUGGCGUCAAGUGUGCUUGCAGAGGAAAAACGUGCGUUCGCUACCAUUCGGAAAAACAAACAACAGGUCAAAUCAAACAAAUGGCAUACGUCAAUAACCACAACUGGAUGUGGGAAGGAUGCAAUUGGAAAAAGUUGUGGAUUGAGUGUGGUUGCUACAAUAAAUAUCGCAAUGAACGGAAGGUUGUGUGGUUCCUACCAAUUACGUCCAGAGAUGCUGGUAAACAUAAAGCACCUGGCAAAGGAACCUACGACGAGGCAAAGGAUCCUGUUACAGAUCAAGCGAGAGGAAUACCAAAACCUUACACAGCUAAAGAUGCUGCCAAGCACUCAACACCCGGCGGUAAUAGGCACCCCGCAGGAAAACAUCCAAUUCAAAGUCAACGAAAGGAAGAAGAAGAAGAUAUGUGAUUAUUCUCUUAUCUUACAUGUAGUCACUAAAACGGCGAGCACCUAAUUAAGCGAAAAUAAAAACUGGGGUAAUACAACAGUUGGCCAUUCGAUCAGAGUUGGACAGCUGUACUUCAAACAUUUCUCGAUCAGUUACUUGGAAUGUUGAAAUGUAAAUCCAAUUAAAGUGUUAAAAUAAAAAGGAGUGCAUUCACCUGAGUUGAACUUAUUUUUGUUAAGGGGAAAGGGGAAAGGGGAAAGGGGAAAGGGAAAGGGGAAAGGGGAAAGGGGAAAGGGGAAAGGGGAAAGGGGAAAGGGGAAAGGGGAAAGGGGAAAGGGGAAAGAAUAAAUUAAAAAUAAUUAUCAAAAGAUAGAACUGUUGCUAGCCUAAUUUCUGUGUUUACUUCAGUAUCUGAAGAAAAAUGAAUUGAAAAACUGUCUCGUUUAGCGACCCCGGUGUUAAGUUAAAUUAGAAUCAUAGACACGCUUGGUCAAUAUCAUCUGAAAUAAGAAAUUAGCUUUACAAGUGAUGCUACUGUGGCCGAGCAGCUUUUUACCACAUCUGGGUAAAGCUAAGGUAAUGGUCAUGGAUUACAGAACAUUUUCGGUCCUGUUCAAAUGGCAAGACGGGGUCAAACAUUGAAGCCAAAUAAAGCACAAGCAAUGGGCAGGGCUGUAGGGAUAGCUCGUUUAUAUUAUAAAAAAACAGUAAUAAUGUGUUUUUAUUGAUCAAAUCAGCUAAAGCGAAAGACCAGUGAUGGUGAAAAAAACGGUUGCGGAUUGGUUUGCAGUAGUUUUCUUAGAGUAAAAAUACGUUCGAUGUUAUCGAUCAUGAUUGUUGCCUAGGAUGAACCAUGAUAAAUUUAAGGAGUAGCUUACCAUUAGUUGAAGUCUUAUUCUUUAAUUGCACACAUGGAUGCCUUUUCAUUGGCUCUCGAUUUGGUGUCUGCUAGCAGGUUGACAACCCGUGAAGUUUGAGUCCGCAUGAUGUCUCUUAAUUUGACAAGGUUAAUGUCCUCUUUAUUAAGUUCACCCACCGUUCAUUUAAUUUGGCGGAUUUAGUUUCCUCCUCUUUACCAACGUCCCUCCAAGUACAUUGAAAUGCGUGCCACUCUCCCAAAUGGUCCUCCGGUCUCCUUCUAUUUCAGAGCAAUUACUACAGCCUUUUGAUAGUUACUUCACUGAAAAAUAGAUCAAGUCUAAACUAAGUGUUAAUUGUCCAAAAUAAAAUUCCUGGCUUAUUUCAACGUGCGCGCGCUAUACGGGUCUAACAAUUGUAUAGAUUGAAAGCUCCACAGUGUUCAAAGCAAACGUAGAUGCUUACCUCCAAUUAAAUAGUGCAUCUACCAUCACGGACACUCCGGCCUACCAUUGACAAUUGGCAAUUGGCAAAUGAAACUUCGCCGAGAUUGAACACUAACUUACUUGCAUGAUUACCAUCAGGGCAACUGACGUAUGGGAAGUAAAGUUAUAACGUUUAGUCAAUUUAAUAUUAGAGCAUUCAUCUCAUCUACUUUGAAUUUGCGUGGCCUUUGAAUUCUUAGAUUCAUUCUUUUACUGGCAGUUCUCCCUUUCUGCUUUUUUCGUGUGUUCUAAAUAAAUUUAGCCUGCAAAGCAAGCGUAAUUUUGGCGAGCAAGUGCUCAGUAUUCCCAGAACGAAAAUUAUAGCCGUCAUCUUUGAUUUUAAUGGCAGCGGAAGGCUGGGGAGAGAAAGAAAUUUGUACCAAGGGGGCGGUCGUCGGUAAAAAAUGAGAAGGGUAGGGGUGGGGAAGUGAAGAUUACGCCUGCCCGAAGUCAUUCUUAUUUUGAAAAAAAUUAUUUUUGCCCACGAACGGAGUUCCUCAUUGGUGCGGUUAAGCUCCAGCUGUCAGUCAAAAUGCGUCAUUUGAGCGUCGUUCUGACAUUUCGCUGACUGGACAACGAGAAAGAUGGCGAACUCUCAUUGUAAAGUUAUUAGUUUUGAUUCCGCUCUCGAGGAAGCACGGAAUUUAACAUGUCUCGCGCACUAGAAUCGGAGCAAAACGAGGCAAUUUCUACACUGGAUUGUCAUUUGGAGGAUAUAGAGUGCGGCAAAUAUGAACUCGUAUUUACGUCAGCAGAGAACGUUUUGGUGAAGCAACUUUUUUUCGUUAAUGAAAAAAACAGCCACACCGCUUCACCAGAGUAUGCCGGUUUGCAUCAAACAAAUUAUGGCGGGCAAACCUUCGAGUGCAGUUGUUUGUUGCUUCCAAGUAUCGUUUACGAUCAAAUGGAAGGAAAAUUGUCAAAUCGAUUAACGGCAGCUAUACUCAAGGAUUUUCGUUUGGAAAAUAUAGAGUGAAGCAAAUAUCAGCUCACAUUUGUGGUUGCGGAAGAGGUUUUGUCGAGGCCUUUACUUUCCUUGCUAAUAAAAAAUGGCUCACCGUUUCACUCGUCAGCUCUACGUGUCUCAUCAUAUACCACAUUUUCAGCAAAAAAAAAACAUGUUUUGAGUUUUCGAGAACAUACUGGCUGAAAUCUCGGUUAUUAGCAACCCUAUGGCUUUUGGGAGGACUCCGGCGUGUGCGAAACUCCUGCAGCAGGUUUGCACGUCAGCAACUAGUAAUUGAAACGAAAUGCACAAAGUACCUUAGCCUCAACUACACAGCAAGAGAGCUUUUUUACAAUGGUUGUAACCAGUACUCUAGAUCUCUAUCAUUAUUGCUAGUACUGUAACUGAUUUGUUUGUUUCUAAAAGUCUCAAUCAAAUUAUAAGCCUAGUAAAUAUUGCAUCGCAGAGGAAGCCACCAAACUUGAAAUAAUCUUGAAGAUUAAUAUUAUGUGACCCUAUGUCGUCAUUUUACCAGGUCACAAAUCGGUAUUCAAAACAAAGACAAAAUUUCCUUUGUCAUAAUACCCUCAAAAAAUUAACUGACUUGUAUGAUCUCACCAAUACCAAUCUUUGCUGGCAGGUUGAACUUAUUCUUAUUACAGUGGUCGAGGGAAAACUGUGGCCAUGUUUCUCCUCUUUAUGACGGUCAUGUACCUGACAGUCAUUUCUACAUCCCAGGAGGUUACAGAAAGCAAACGAACCCAAGGGACCAGCGAAUCAGCAAAGCUUGGAAAAGCGAUCAACCUCCCAAAGACCCAUAUAUAAGAAUAUUUCAAGGAACGGAAGGCAAUUAUUUUUGAGCCUUUUCCUGAAGAAUGUUUCAAAAAGGAGAAAGUCAAUAUCUCAACAAGUUAUUAUGAUCACUACGAAAGCACCAACGCAUUUUGGUCCACGUUCCAGGAUUUCUUUGACAAGUACGACACUCACGUCGACAGUUCUGUUACGCGUGGAUCUAUAAUUAAAACAGAUGUCGUUCUAGGUCCUACAGUAAAAGAGAUCUUCAGGUCAAAGUUUGUCUUUCCUUUGCAAGUCGUGUGUACAAAUGUGUACAUGUCAUCGAGACCGAAGCGUCAGAGGCAAGUCAUAUGAGCACCACUGAUAAACGGAUGGCCCGAGAGUGAAAGAGCGAGACUCGUGGCAAGCUGUUGCAAGACAUGUCGAAGGAAUUGAUACAACAACUUCUAAAUGAGAGAAGUGAGUCACACUUGUCUUUUAAACACACUCUCAGAGCGGCGUGGGAGCCGUUUCACGUCAGGAUCAGAUAAUUACCUCAGAGCCUUAAACCUUCAAUACUACUACCUUGGCUAUCUGAAUAAUUAUGGUUGUUCUUUCAAAGAGAGUAAAGGACUGGCCCCUCAGAAGUUCGACUACACCAAAAACUCCAACGACAAACGGCUAGAAUUAGAGUGUUCACUGGCUAAAGAGAGUUACCACAGGGACGAUGACUGCAGUUACAGAUUGGGCCCUUACUGCGCGUGUCGAGGGGACACUUGUGUUCAUUGUGAGAAAUGAAUAUACAUGUUGUUUGUUUCAUGUCAACAAUAAUUAACCACGAACACAUGGUGUUUUCUGCCUGUGAUGCCACCAGUAAAUGGACAAACAAACACCGUUGAGAGAGUGUAGAUUUUGGUGUAUUUUUGUUGCAGUUUUAACACUGACUGUCCUAGUUUUCUCUUUAAAACACUUUUGAAUGAAUUAAAAAUCCUUGGCUUGCAUUUAAGCAAAAUCUAUUUGUUAUGAAUCCUUCGCAGUCUGUUAAUUAUUUAAACUUUACCGGAACGGUUGUUGAGGUCGUUGAGUGACACUUGAGUCGUAACAAUUGAUCCCAUGUGUUAUGGACCGGCUACUGCAGAGGGGUCACCAGUAAAAAUUACUAGCAAGGACUGAUGUAUGCCCUGGUGGAAUAUCGAGCUUUCUCUAAUAAGUCGUAAAUAUUCAGUAAGCUUGUUGAAGGAGCUACUCCGCAAAAUCUUUUAUCUUAAAAGUCUUGUUGACUCAAAUCAAUAAGGGCAAUGGAGGAUUUAAUCAACUGGGAGAAUUUUAUAAAGCGUUUGAAAUUUAAUAGAUAAUCGGCAUACACAUCAGUUCCUGUAUCAACAAAUAAUCCAUUCUUCAUUUCAAAUUAAAUGAUUCGAUGCUCCGGCGCUCGACACUCUUCUUCUGAUUUUUGGGAUUUUGCAGCAAAAAAAUAUUGAUUUUUCAGGUAUAUUGAAAGUCGUACUUUACUGUUUUGACGACCACAUCAAUCACCGUGAAUAGUGAAAUUCUCCUUAAAAAAUAUUAACCCCCCCAUCGGGGAGUUUUUUUUUUGUCGCAGUUUUUACAGUACCAGUUAUACUUUUCUCCAUUUCCUGAGUCCUUGUUUUUUCUUUAAAAAUCCUAAGCUUGUGUUGAGGCAAGAUAUAUUUGCUAUAAAUCCUUCGCAGUUGGUUAAUUAUUCAAACUUAACCAAAAGUUGUUGAGUGCAGCUUGAAUCGCAACAAUUGAUUCCAAGUUUUAUGGACCGGCUGGUGCAGAGGGGUCACAUGCAAAAAUUACUAAAAAGGACUUCUGCCCUGGUGGAAUUUCAAGUUUUCUCCGAUAGAACGUAAAAACUGAAGAACAUUCUUGAAAAUAACCUAUCAAUUGUUCACACAAAAUAAACCACGUGUCAGUCUACUAAUGGGAUGAGAAUUUAUCAGAGGGCAAAAUCGUAUCUUCAUUUCAAUUUGCAUCAUAUCACGAGAAAUCAAAGAGAAUCUACAUCAGUCGGUUAGUACAAGAAAAACUUUUUCUAAAUGUAGCUUACUUUUUUAGUGUUAAUAGGCUUCUAUCUUCCAUUGUUUUACCCAAUAAGCUGAGGGCGUUCCAAGUAUAUUAUCAAAUUCUGUUCUGUGCCAUAAUAGACAAAUCCGAUACACUACAAAAAUGAUAAAUAUAGAAAGAAAAGACCUUUAAAAGCUUUUUUUUCACGGGCGAAAGGUGCAGUUUGUUUUCCCUAACAGGAUGAAACAACUUAAAGUAAACUACAAAGAUGAAAUCAUUAUUAUCUUUACAACCCAGUAUACUAAGUGUCAAUAUUAUAAAAAUUGGGAGGUUAUUCUGUUGUAACAUGUAAAGUCGAUUCUGACGGGAGACUUGUUGAAGGAGCUUCGCCACGAGAGUGAUUAUCAUAAAAGUGUUGUUGGCUUAAAUUGAUAGGUUCAUUAGAAAAUUCAGACAACUAGGAGAAUUUCAUAAAGCAUUCGAAAUACAAUAGACAAUCGGCAUGCACAUCAGUCCCAGAACCGACAAAUAAAUCAAUUGUCACGUCCAAUUAAAUGAUUCGAUACUCCAGCGUUCGACACUCUUUUCUUUUAUUUUUGGGAUUUUGCAGCAAGAAAAAUAUUGAUUUUUCCAAAAAGGUUUAAAGUCGUACUAUCUUGAGGACCACAUCAGUUACCAGUGAUAAUUAUUUUUUCCUUGAAUAAUAUUAAGCCCUCAAUCGCGCUCUUAUUCUCCCAGAUUCAAAACUUGUUUAAGUAUAUUCUUUUAACUUUCAAUAAUUAGAUUCUCGUUGUUUUGCUCUGCUUUGCGUGUCUGACUUGUUCAAACUUCACAUUCCAAUUGAUUUCCAUAAUUGAUGCCACCAAUAAAAAAGCAGGCAAAGACAUUUUUCUUGAAACGUUCGUGAAUCGUUUUGACUCAUUAACACGUUUAUCGUUUUGUAUGACGAGGUGGUGGCUCAAAAACUUUCAGCCGCGGUCCUUUUCUCGUCAAUUCAAAAGGUGUUUAAGUAUUCUCUUAGAUUCCAAUACUCCUGGUACCAUUGCUUUUCUCAGUGAAGCGUUUUUUCUUUGUUUAAACGUUACACCUCACUUGAUUUCUAUCGAUUGGUGUUACCCUCAGAUUAACAAACAAACACAGUUGAGAGAAAGUUGGACCUCGACGAUUAUUGUUGCAAUUUCAAGAAUGAACCAACAGUCAUACCCUUUCUUAAAUUUUUGGAUCUUUAUUGGAUUAUUUAGAUACGUGCGUAAGUUUGUGAAACUAAAACUACCAAGUUUGCAUAAGGGACAGCACCAGCCGCAGUAUUUUAAUCAUUUAAACCCCACCUCUAAAUUGUUCUCACUUUGAGUCUUACAGUCGUACUGUAACUGUUGAUCGCAUAUGUUAUGGACUGCCUAAAACAGAGAGGUCAUCGAUUAAAAUUACUCCCUAGGACGAUGGCCAAGAGGAAUUUCAACUUUUUCCAAUAAACCGUAGAAACGGAGUUCUGGAAAGUUUUAAAACAUAACUUUGAAGGACUUUUUUUAACUACCAUAUUAGUAGCCGCUCACCAUCGAGCCACGUAAUUUUGUUGAGUUAAUUUAAACUUGUCUUUGUAUCGCAGAUUUUGUGCCUUCGCCCAAGCAUAAAGACGCUUUUCAGCUGGAAAUCAUGUUUGUCUCCCUAACACUGUUGCUUUGGUUGACCCUCCCAUUUUCUGAAGCGAGAAUAGCUACCAAAGGUGAAUCAAACGAGCUCAAAGAAGUGAAAAAAUUUACCAAAGGUGAAUUAGAGGAGCUUGCAAAAAUAAUAUUCCUACCGAGCGUAAACUUAUUGGACGACUUUCCAGAAAAAGAGAAUAGGAUUUUUGAUCCACUUUCACCAGAAUGCUUUACAAAGAAGACCUUAACGUCGUCAAGCAGCAAGUUCGAUUAUUAUAAAAAUACCAACGCAUUGUAUAAGUCACUGGCCACCGAGUCAAGCCUGAGCGCAUCCUUAACCUCUACGUUUACUUUGGGUGCCACUGUAUCAGUGGCAACAAAGAGCAAAAGCUCAGAGAAAAGCGAAGUGAGUGGCAUAUCUUUGAUCAAGCAGGCGUUGGCAGAAAAGAUUUACGUUAAUAAAGAAUGCCUCACAAGUGCCAAAAUGUCCACCCUGAAUAAAGAAUUCAUGGAAUCCUUAAGUACAUUACCAUUGAAAAUUAAGGAACCCUGGCUCCACAAUUCGUGGAAAGCAUACAGCACUUUCCUGGAGAAAUACGGCUCUCAUGUCAUAACGUCUAAAGAGACCGGAUCAAGGUUCCAGCAAAUGGUGUUCGCAGAGAGCUCUGAAUCGUAUAACGAAAGAGAUUUCCAGGUGAGAGCCUGUAUCUCGGCCGCAGGUCCCACAGAUGUUGGAGAGCUUGGUCUUUCGGCUUGUUCUAAUGUGACAAACAGUGAAAUAUCCCAGGCAAGCAAGAUGACUGUUAGCGAAACAAGAUUUGUCAGGGGAGGACUAAGGGAUACAAAUAGCGCUUUGAAUAAUGGAAAGACGUCGACUGAACUGAUAAACAAACUCAUGAAUGAAGCUGAUGAGGCACCUAAGCCUGUCCAGCAUACUUUGAUGACGAUCUGGAGCAUAUUACAAAGCCGCUUUAAAUCAGGAUCUGACAAUUACCACCGAGCAACAAACCUCCAGUACUACUACAGUGGAUACUUGGAUUAUGGUUGUCCCUACAGUAAAAGUGGUAAUGUUGAAAUUCAAAAGUUCGACUACAAACAGCCAAUGAAAGAAAAUCCAGAAUUCGUAUGUACUCUCGCUGACGAUGGUUGCCAUAACGAUAACGAUUGUCAUUACGUAAUUGGCGUCAAGUGUGCUUGCAGAGGAAAAACGUGCGUUCGCUACCAUUCGGAAAAACAAACAACAGGUCAAAUCAAACAAAUGGCAUACGUCAAUAACCACAACUGGAUGUGGGAAGGAUGCAAUUGGAAAAAGUUGUGGAUUGAGUGUGGUUGCUACAAUAAAUAUCGCAAUGAACGGAAGGUUGUGUGGUUCCUACCAAUUACGUCCAGAGAUGCUGGUAAACAUAAAGCACCUGGCAAAGGAACCCACGACGAGGCAAAGGAUCCUGUUACAGAUCAAGCGAGAGGAAUACCAAAACAUUACACAGCUAAAGAUGCUGCCAAGCACUCAACACCCGGCGGUAAUAAGCACCCCGCAGGAAAACAUCCAAUUCAAAGUCAACGGAAGGAAGAAGAAGAAGAUAUGUGA